AUGCUGCUCUCCAUAGGGAUGCUCAUGCUCUCGGCCACGCAAGUCUACACCAUCUUGACUGUCCAGCUCUUUGCAUUCUUAAACCUCCUGCCUGUAGAAGCAGACAUUUUAGCAUAUAAUUUUGAAAAUGCAUCUCAGACAUUUGAUGACCUUCCAGCAAGGUUUGGUUAUAGACUUCCAGCUGAAGGUUUAAAGGGUUUUUUGAUUAACUCAAAACCAGAGAAUGCCUGUGAACCCAUCGUGCCUCCGCCAGUAAGAGAUAAUUCAUCUGGCACUUUCAUCGUGUUAAUUAGAAGACUUGAUUGUAAUUUUGAUGAAAAGGUUUUAAAUGCACAGAGAGCAGGCUACAAAGCAGCCAUAGUCCACAAUGUUGACUCCGAUGACCUCAUUAGCAUGGGAUCCAACGACAUUGAGGUACUAAAGAAAAUUGACAUUCCAUCUGUCUUUAUUGGUGAAUCAUCAGCUAAUUCCCUGAAAGACGAAUUCACAUAUGAAAAAGGGGGCCACAUUAUCUUAGUUCCAGAAUUUAGCCUUCCUCUGGAAUACUACCUAAUCCCCUUCCUUAUCAUAGUGGGCAUCUGUCUCAUCUUGAUAGUCAUUUUUAUGAUCACAAAAUUUGUCCAGGAUCGGCAUAGAGCUAGGAGAAACCGACUUCGUAAAGAUCAACUGAAGAAGCUCCCUGUACAUAAAUUCAAAAAGGGAGAUGAAUAUGAUGUAUGUGCCAUUUGUUUGGAUGAAUAUGAAGAUGGAGACAAACUCAGAAUCCUUCCCUGUUCCCAUGCUUAUCACUGCAAGUGUGUAGAUCCUUGGCUAACUAAGACCAAAAAAACCUGUCCAGUCUGCAAGCAAAAAGUCGUCCCUUCUCAAGGCGAUUCAGACUCUGACACAGAUAGUAGCCAAGAAGAAAACGAAGUGUCGGAACACACCCCUUUACUCAGGCCUGUGGCUUCCGCCAGCACCCAGUCAUUCGGGGCCCUGUCGGAAUCCCGCUCACAUCAGAACAUGGCAGAGUCUUCAGACUACGAGGAGGACGACAAUGGAGAUCCCGACAGCAGUGACGCAGAAAACGAAAUGAAUGAACACAGUGUUGUGGUCCAGCUGCAGCCCAAUGGUGACCGGGAUUACAACAUAGCGAAUACUGUCUGA